AACUCAUCGAGACGCAGCGAAGACUCGGUCGACUAUCUGGACUAAAAAAAAUAGUUUAAAUUCGAAUUGUACUUUAUUUCUAUCGCCAGGAUUCACUAAUCCCUUAAACGACGCUCUGGUAAAAUUAGUCAUUUUAAUUGACAGCAUUUGGGAAUAUUUGGCAUCACAAUUAACAGCGUUGGCGUCGAAGGCAUGCGGACGUUGAAGACACAGCGGAAGAAAAGGACAUGAAUGUAUUUACUAAGUAUUUUUGUGCACAUCUGGUGUUGCCUUCAGGGGGUGUGGGAUUAUCUAACACGUCAGCAGCUCUCUGGACAACAAAAUCAUUCAUAUACUUUUUAGCGGACUCCCAUCUUCCAACAUGCCGUUGCAGUCAAGGAGGCAAUGGACGACCGUCGUGUUCGGCGUCAUUAUCGGCUUCACUGCGUGCCAUUGGUUCAUUCUACCCCAAGUACUGGAAAGGAAACGGAAUGAAUCCCCGUGUUCGUUCAAUAGUGCCGCCGGGAAAAAAACGGCGAGUCCCGGUCAUAUGGACAACCGUGACGACAACCGUGAAGCCGAAAGCCGCCCCAGACACUUACUCUAUGUGGGCGUGAUGACGGCUAAAAAGUAUAUCAAUUCCCGGGCCGUGGCUGCGUUUAACACAUGGGUAAAAUCCAUUCCCGGGAAGGUGGAGUUCUUCUCCAGUGAUGGCUCCGACAGCGUGGACGUCCCCGUUCCGCUUCCAGUGGUCUCCCUGGCCGGCGUGGACGACUCCUAUCCGCCGCAGAAGAAGUCCUUCAUGAUGCUGAAGUACAUCCAUGACAAUUACCUGGAUCAAUAUGAAUGGUUCAUGCGAGCGGAUGAUGAUGUUUACAUCAGAGGUGAGAAGCUGGAGUUGUUUUUGAGUUCUCUGAACAGCAGUGAGCCUCUUUACCUGGGCCAAACUGGCCUCGGCACGCCAGAGGAGUUGGGUAAACUAGCUCUGGAGCCUGGGGAGAACUUCUGCAUGGGUGGACCUGGGAUGAUCUUCAGCAGAGAGGUUCUACGCAGGAUGGUGCCGCACAUCGGUUCUUGUCUCAAGGAGAUGUACACGACACAUGAGGAUGUGGAAGUCGGCCGCUGUGUACGACGCUUUGCAGGGACGCAGUGCGUGUGGGCCUAUGAGACGCAGCAGCUAUUCUACGAAAACUACGAACACAGGAAAGGUUUCAUUGAGGAGCUUCACCGCAGCAAGAUCCACAAUGCCAUCACGCUACAUUCCAAUAAAAGGCCCGACUACCUGUACCGACUCCAUAACUACAUGUUGACCCGUGAAAUCUCAAGGCUGCGUCACAGCAGCAUCCUGCUGCACCGUGAAGGCCUGACCAUGACAAGUCUCAGCGAUACAGAAAUGAAUUGGGAGGACCAGCUGCUGGGAGCACCGCCUUCCUACAUGCCGUAUCAACCCAGUGAGCGCGAUGACGUCAUCGAGUGGAAUUUUUUGACCGGCCAUCACAUUUACUCCGCUGUUGAAAACAAGAUGGCCAGACAAAGCCUCGGCAGCUCACUUCGGACGGCUUUAGAUGACAUCAUGCUCCAGGUGAUGGAAAUGAUCAACGGAAAUUCUAAAACACGUGGCCGUAUGAUAAACUUUAAAGAGAUUCAGUACGGUUAUUACAGGGUGGAUCCGAUGCACGGGGCUGAGUACGUCUUAGACUUACUGCUCCUGUACAGAAAACACAAAAGUCGUAAAAUAACCGUGCCUGUCAGGCGUCACGCUUACCUCCAGCAGUCCUUCAGCCGCCCCUUCUUUUGCGAAACCGAAGAGUUAAACGUGGCUGAACUUGUGCUCGCUAUUAACUCUGGAUCCCGGUCCCUGUCCUUUCUAUCCAACCCCCUCAAGUUACUGUCUCCUUUCCAGUUCUACGAGUCAACCAGAGAAUCGAGGGAGCAAAGCCAGAGGGAAGUCAACAUCCUGGUCCCGCUGUCCGGUCGCUAUGACACCUUUGUCCGUUUUAUGGAGAACUUCGAACAAGUGUGCUUGAUACCCAAACAAAACGUUAAACUCUCAGUCAUCCUAGUAGACACUGAGAGUUAUCAAGACGAAGGAAAACAUGUUCAGUUAAUCAAAAGUUACAACAAGAAAUAUCCCAAAGCUGACCUAGCAGUGAUUCCACUGACAGGAAACUUUUCUCGGGGAUUUGCUCUUCAACUUGGCUCCUCGCUGUCUGAUAAUGGCACUUUACUAUUCUUCUGUGACGUGGAUCUCAUCUUCAAUGCGGAUGCCCUGCAGCGCUGCAGGGAUAACACGGUGCAAGGAAGACAGGUCUUUUUUCCCAUCGUAUUUAGUCAGUACGACCCCAGUAUCGUGUAUGCUGAUAAAGCUGAGAGAGAAAACAAGUUUGGUAUAACCAUAAAAAGCGGGUUUUGGCGCGAUUACGGCUUUGGGAUAGCCUGCGUUUUUAAGAGCGAUCUCCUCGAAGCUGGUGGAUUCGACACCUCAAUCCUUGGCUGGGGAUUGGAAGAUGUAGACCUUUUCACGAAGGUCGUUCAAUCUGGUUUGAAAGUGUUUCGCAGUCAGGAGCCAGGAAUGAUUCAUAUUUAUCAUCCGGUCCAUUGCAGCCCCGGUCUUGAUCCAAAGCAAUUGAAAAUGUGCCUCGGGUCCAAAUCAAGUACGUAUGCUUCAACAAUGCAUUUAGCUGAGAUGUGGAUGGACAAGCACAUUGAAGUCGGGUAUAACAGAACUUCAUCUUGACAUUCCAGCUUGUGUUGACCAUACAGGUUUACAUCAAUUCUGCUUGGAAUGCAUGUGCAAUACAUGUUGCAGGUGUUUCAGUUAAAAAAAAAAUGGUCCAGAAAAUUAUUUGUAAAGCAAAGAUGGACCAAUUAAAACACCAAAUGGUCAGAUAAUAAUCAUAUCUAGUUAAAGUACCAAUGAUUGUCACACACACACUAGGUGUGGUGAGAUUAUCCUCUGCAUUUGACCCAUCACCCUCACCCCUUGGGAGGUGAGGGGAGCAGUGAGCGCCCGGGAAUACUUUUUGGUGAUUUAGCCCCCAAUUCCGUACCUAAAGGUUCCGAUACAACCUUUUCACUUCUGAUACAAUACUGAUAUUGGAGCCUUCAGUACUGGCCGAUACCGAUAUUAAGCCGGUAUCAGCACGAAUCAUAACACAUACUUUUAUUAUUUCGUAGAAAGGACUUUUAUUAUUUUGAAAAAAGGUUUGAUCAAAUGAAAUUACUCAAACAGAGAACAAUAGGGGUGUAACGGUACACAAAAAUUUGGGUUCGGUACGUACCUCGGUUUAGAGGUCACGGUUCGGUUCAUUUUCGGUACAGUAAGAAAACAACAAAAUGUAAAUGUUUUGGUUAUUUAUUUACCAAAUUUGUAAACAAUGGCAUAACAUACAUAUACACACAGGGUCCAUUGUCAGGGUUAAUGUGGUCAACAUAUAUCAAAUAAAAACUAAAUAAGAUAAGGCUCAGAAUGGUUUCUUAACAAAACCUUUCUACAUAUAAAGUGCUUUUUUUGAUUGAUUGAGACUUUUAUUAGUAGAUUGCACAGUACAGUACAUAUUCCGUACAAUUGACCACUAAAUGGUAACACCCGAAUACGUUUUUCAACUUUAUAUUAAUCAACAUUAAACUGCCUCAAGUUGUUGCUCGGAUUAAAUAAAAUGACAAAACCUUUCUUCUACAUCUAAAAAGUGCAACAUUGAACAGUUUCAAGUCAACUCAGCCUCAGAUUAACUUUUCUCCCCCCCCCCCCAGCCUGGCUAAUUUGGCAGUAAGAGGAUAUAUGGGUUUAUUGUUCUUCCACCAUAGAAGUGGGUCAAAAUCUAGUUUUUAAUGCAAUAUGGUCUUAAAUCUGCUGCUAUAAAAACAUUUGUUAUCGCUUUAGCCCUGCCUGACUCGCCGAGGAGAGGCUGCUUGAAUGGGGUGGUGACGCUUCAAAUGGGUUAGCAUGUUUGACGUGUUGUCAGAAGCAGCUGCUGAACAAUGUCGGCAAACCUCCGUCCUCCAUUGUUGUAUCGCGCAGCCAAAGUGUUCCCAAACGGGAGAUCAUAACGAGGCAGGAGGGUCUUCCAGCUCUGGAAGACCCUCGUCCCUUGUCUUAGCCCGGUCGCUGCUAGCAUGCCGUGUGUUGUGCCUCGGUGUGCAUUGUUUACACAACGUGCGGUGCGCUACUUAAUAUGUCCGUGUGGAAACUCGUUCGGUACACCUCCGAACCGUACCGAAACGGUUCAAUACAAAUACACGUACCGUUACACCCCUAGAGAACAAUGAUAGGUAUAAAAAACACUAACCUAUUUUUUUUUAAUUAACAGACUGGAUUGGACUUCUGCUGUCUUUAAUUCAACUGAAAUGGAAAUUAUUUUUUGGUGACAGUGGUCAAAAUGAUUCAAUACGUUUUGCGUAUGACUCUCAUGAUGCAGUUGAAUGAUGCGGACACGUUUGUUACUGGAUAAUUUCUAAUAAGCGUCUGCCUUUGGAGAUUUUGUAUAUGUAAGUAAUAUGCAACUAUAAUUAUUUGAUACUUGUUUACAUUGACAAAUGGGCUGCUAAAGACUCCCAGUAGUCUAUAGCCUACCAUGUUUACUUUUUGUAAACGACUUGACUAAAAUACACGAAAAGACUAACCAUGUGUGCUUAAUGGAGGACAUUUGGAUGUCGGCUGGCCAGCUUCGCACAAGUUAAAAUUCUACAGGACUGCUUAUGUCUGAUAUUUUAGAUCCAGAUAUUAACACUUGUUUUUUUUUGCUGAUAUCGGACCGAUGUCAAUAUCGGAAUCAGGACACAUCUAUAAAAGAAUGCAACAUUCUUUCUGCACCAAAAUCACCCCUGCACAUGAGAUUUACUGGGAGAGCGACUGCAACGUAGGUCGCAGGAACCGUGCGCCCGCCACAACGGACCACAGGAAUGUCCCAAUUCCAUGCUCUUGAGUCCACGCAGCCAGUAAGGAACGGCCAUGUGACGAUGGCGAGUUGAGCGGCGCCGCAGCCGACGAAGAGGAGGACGAGGAGUGUGUGCCAACCACUCCCACAGUGGUUGGCAAUGACGUGGAGGACAAUGACGUUCACGGUCGUGAACGUGACAAUCCUGUUUUCUACCUCUAUACCAGUGCAGGUUUUGUGCAGACUAUUUUCUUGUAUUAUAUUUUUGAUUAAAAAAAUGAUAGAUUAUGGAAUUAUAUAAAUUAUAGCUUCUCAAUCAGACGUUUACAUAACAUAUUUUUGUACAUAAUUUCGGUUAAAACCAGCUUUAAAAAACGCACCUUAAAUGGAAUGUGUUUGUCUUUUGAAGAGUCAGGUGAGCACCUGUAGACUGUUGGAAACCAAUUCUGCUUUCAUGAGCACUAUUCCCUCCAUUCAUUGGAGCGCUUUCAGUCCCUGUGGAUUACUAAUGGUGCCGCAGGAUGUUUACACCAACAAGGAGACAAAUUAAUGCUACAUAUGUCAGUAUUUUUGAAGCAAUUGAAUUGGGAGUUCGCCAAUCGAUCAACCAUCGAUUAGUGUCAGACGGUUUUUUGAAAAACUGUGUAAUUGACCAUUGCCUAUUAAUGCUGUUCCUCUCAUUUAUUUUUCAUUUAGCGGCAAGCAGCGAACAGUGCGUGUUCAUACACAGUGUGGAGCCGCUCUCAUAAGUUAAUGAUCAUAUCUAGUACCUAAAUUAUCAUCACACCGAGUAAGAGAGGGCAAGCAGAAGCGGGCAUGCUAAUAAUCGCUAAGCUUGUUGUAGCAAAAAGGCGACACACACGUUUGUACAGUCGUUAUGCAAGUGUUUUUUUGUUUUUUUGGGGGGAGACAAUAUAAUGUAUAUUUAUACAGUUA